AAGUGAAACAAAGGAAAAUCGUAAACGAUAACGGGAAUCUCGAAAAAAUGCCGUAUAAACGUGGUGGUGGAAGGCAAUGUGUUGUUGUUAACUGUACUAACAAUCAAAAGAAUUUGUAUGACUGGGAAAAUGGAACGUGUGAAGUGCACAAAGGUUUAAUUGCCAAGGAUUGUCCGUGUCUAGUUCCAUUCAAAUUCCAUUGCAUUCCGGCCGAAGGGGAAAAUCGUCUUCAGUGGUUGAAAUCAAUCAACAGGAAAGAUUUCAAUCCGCAUGCCAAAUCAGUGGUCUGUUCCAAGCAUUUUAUCGAUGGCCGCCCCACUAAGCAGAACCCGGUUCCUGUUCUUGAGCUGGGAUAUCAGCAAAUUACCCCCAAGACCCCUGGUCGAAGACCCUUGAUACGACAACAAUUGGAAGAGAGGGAAAAUGUCUACCCCAAGGAACAACAGCCGGAACUGGACAUUCAGUCAGAAACGCCUCUUAAGCCAGCCGUGACCGAUGAAGAUACUUUACCCUGUAAAAUGGUGGCCACUAAAAUAUUAGAUUUUGAACAAUGCAUUGACAAUGAACAGUGUGUAUCUGUGUGCUGUCAGAAAUACCCGGAAAUGUGUAAAAAUGUCAGCAAACCUAAGUUGGUUGAUUGCAGCACACAGACAAUUGAUAUUGUGUCACUUGACCACAGCUAUUGGUACAGCGGAAAAACUCGGAACGCCUCAACACAACAUAACUCUCCAGAAUUUGGUGCGGAAUACAUUGAAACGGAUUCUGAUUCCCAGUUUUACACUGGAUUGAGUUUGGCAACUUUCCUGACACUGGUGGCAACAUUAAGUAAGUUUGGCCAGGAGCUGCCCUAUAAAAUGAGUGUGGCCAACCAGAUAUUGUCAGUCUUGCUGCGACUGAGAUUGGCACUGACAUUUGAAGACAUUGGUAGACGCUUCAGAGUGUCACAUCAGUUGAUCAGCAAAGUGUACCAUUCAUGGGUUGAAAUUAUGUCGGAACACCUAUCAAAGUGCAUUGUUUGGCUACCUCGUGAAACAAUACAAAGAACGUUACCAAAGUCAUUUAUUACAUCUUUUCCCAAGACAACAUGCAUUAUUGAUUGCUCUGAAAUUUAUAUACAGCGGCCAUUUUCAUUGAAAGCAAGAGCACAGACAUGGAGUACGUACAAAAGCCACAACACGGCCAAGUUUUUAAUUGCAAUUGCGCCAAAUGGUUUCAUUAUGUAUGUUUCCCCAUUGUAUGGGGGCAGAGCAAGUGACAAUUAUAUAACAAAGAAGUGUGGAUUUCUGGACUAUUUACUUCCCGGUGACGAGGUUAUGGCAGACCGUGGAUUCACAAUUGGUGAGGACAUGUGUAGUCGGCGUGUAAAAUUGAACAUUCCUGCAUUUAUGAAGGGUAGAACACAACUGUCAGAGAAAGAAACAGUCGACUCGAGACGGAUAGCUGCCCAAAGAAUCCAUGUGGAAAGAGCCAUUAUGAGGAUGAAAUCCUACAGACUUUUGUCAACAAAAUUUAACAUCAAAUCCCUUAGAAAUGCUAAUAAAACUGUACGUGUUGUUGCGACUCUUUGCAACAUGAAAGGUCCUUUGAUUAAAGAUGUGAUCAUUGACUGAACAGUUGCCACAUAAGUCAUUAGAUGCCAUAAACUGUAAUUCACAUAUUUGAUGUUGAAUGCAGCACAUUUACUUGAAUUUAACCCAUUUAUACCCAGUGGACUCUCCCAUCCUUCUAAAUUAGAUCAAUUUAUUUCCACAAUUAGGGAUGUCUAGUAUAUUUAUUUUUAUAUUUAGAAUAUUUCUUACAGAAAUUCCUUGAAAGCAAACAGCGUAGACCCAGAUGA